AUGGGAAAAUCUCGCGUUCCAAAAGGAAAUAAAUUGUCAAUGGCUUUAAAUGCCUACGGGAAUAAUCCGCGAGUGCCAAAGUGUGCAAGAUGUAGAAAUCAUGGAAUUAUCUCCGGAUUGAGGGGACAUAAGAAAAAUUGUUCCUACAGAAAUUGUCGAUGUGCAAAAUGUUCGCUUAUUUUUGAGCGUCAAAGGAUUAUGGCUCAGCAGGUUGCCCUCAAGCGUCAACAAGCGGUCGAAGAUGCAAUCGCUCUUCGUUUGGUCAAUGAGAACGGAACACAUUUGGAGCAACUGCCUCCCGGAAAAAUUUAUGGAAUGACAGUGACAGAACCUUGUGCUUCUCCCAAUAAAUCUCCAUCGCCCAAUAUCGUCGAGAAUGAUUCAAAGAAAAAUUCGGAACAAGCUCAAGUUUCUCAAAAUGCGAUUGAUAUGUUAGCUCAACUCUUUCCGCAUCGCAAACGGAGCGUGCUUGAACUCAUUCUCAAACGUUGCGAUUCUGACUUGAUUCGAGCGAUUGAACAAUGCAGCAAACCCCAAACAACUUCAGCUUCUUCGGCAUUUAGACCACCCGCACCAUCGUCGCAGCAGAUCCAUCCUGAUGCCACGUCAGUUCCUCCAUACACUCCUCCGUCAUUCGUUUAUUAUCCGAAAUGGUUGUUUCCUGUAACCAUGAAUUUACCAAAUUUAGCUCCAAGAUGUCAAAUUCCACACUGCACUUGCAUUGCAAGUUCGUCGCCAGUAUUUGCUCAUCAAACAUUGAGUCCGUAA